CAAUCACGGAGGUUAUACCCCAGAGGUUAGCCAUAGGGUUUUUGUCGAAAUGGCUGAGCAUAGAAAGGAUAUGGAGAAGAAAACUAUGCCCAUCCUUGAGACUCUAAGGAGCUACCAAGAUUUGCCUCCGGAUAAAGCUUUAGCGACUAUAAAUUUUAAGGAUAAGAAAAGGCAGUAUGUUACCGCUGAGAAGUAUCUUGAAGAUAUAUUGCAAUCAGCUCUUGCCAAUUCUGGGUGA